AUGUCGCUCCGUGUACCAGCAUUGCGGAACGCGUUCCGUCAGCCGCUGUCGAAUCCUCGAUUCGGCCAGCGCCGAUGGGCCCAGGUCCAGGAUGUGCGCUUCCUCGCGACUCACGGCACGGAAGAGCGCAUCUUGUCCAAGUACAAGGACAAGCUCGCCUCCAGGGCGAGGCAGGAGGGUGUCAAGGACAUCGCCGAGCUGAAGGAGAAGCACAAGGAGAAGAUUGAGAAGCUGAGGAAAGCCGCCGUGGUUCCCGGAGCAACAGGGCCUCUGACGCCGCCACCUUGGCCAUUGUCGACAGGCAGCGCAUCGCCCGCCUCGUCCACAUCGUCGCCCGCCUCGUCCGCAUCGUCGCCCGCCUCGUCCUCAUCGUCGCCCGCCUCGUCCUCACCAUCGCCCGCCUCGUCCACGUCAUCGCCGUGGCCAUCACCGCCUCCAGCACCGAAGCCCCGCGAUCCCAACGCACCGCCGCCCGGCGUCAAGACGCUCGACUCGUUCCUCGACGUCUCCAAGAUCAGCGCACUUCCCAACAAGGAGAUUGAGGUCCUGUGGAGGCUGCGCCACGCUUCGAGCCCUCAAAGCAUACACUUCACCGUCCCCGCGAACACGUUCACAUCGUUGCUCCAGACUGCCAAGCAGCACCCUGCAUUCGUGCUACCCGUGCCGCGAGAGAUCCCGGUCGAGGCGCCAGAGACCGAGCAGACCAGCGGCCAGACACAGCAAGCCGCCGAGCUGCACUAUCUGCAGUUCGCCCACCCCCACAAGGACACGACGACGUUGCUCUUCACAUCUCUCGCCGAGUUCAAGCUGCGCGGCGAGUUCGCCAGCCCCCACACCACCAUCACGUUCCACCAGGAGCUGGCGAACAGCCACAACCUUGUCCUCGGCCAAGGCCUGGUGAUUGAGAACAGAGGCAUCAGCGUCGACGAGGCGAGGUGGCUCGUCAUGUGCAUGCAAAAGUUCUACGUGCAGAGCGACGAGGGCAGAGGCCGCGGCGAGCUGCUGAAGCAGUUCACAAGCGGCGAUGCAAGCUUCCAGGUCCAGAGGCUCAUUGACGAGGCUGAAAAGGCUUUGUAA